CGCGAAACACGCGGAUUGAGGCGCGUAUUGAUUUCUAAUGAAAUUGGUUGCAGCAAGGCCCAUCAAUCCCUGCACGUGCCCAUUUCACUUGUGUCGGUCGUCAUUAGUUGAUCCUCUAUCGUCUUUGCCAUCAAAAAAGAUAAAAUCUCGAUCCCAUUCAUUUUAUAUACUCUAAAGAGUGAACACCGAUUUUAUAAACGGUUUUUGGCAGCGAUAUAGGCACAGAUCGACUUGUCGAAGAAGUCUCUAAAAAAGCUUGAAAACACUGACUACUCGGUCUCAGUGCAUGUUGACUUGACGGUUUUACACAGCAAAACCACGUGUGUACUUAAUUAAUUUUCAUUGUUCGUGAGGUCUGUCAAAUAUAUUCUUUCACAAUGUCUGACAACUGGGAUGAAGGUGGAACCACGACAUCAUUUGGUGGUGGCUUGACAGCAGGAUCUGGCCGUGGGUGGGGACGAGGAAUGGGCUUUUCAGAUUCCAACACAGACAAAAAGCCUGGCUUUGGUGGGAAAACGAAUGGUUUCACUUUCAGUGCAAACAACAAUGACGAUGACUGGGAUGAAGGAAAUAAGGAAAACAAGUCUAGUUUUGGCUUUGGCGGAGGGUUCGGCGACGAUGCACCAAGGGGUGGAGGCUUCGGUGGCAAGAGCAAGUCAUUUGGUGGCGGUGGAGGAGACCGUUCAUGUUUCAAGUGUGGAGACACUGGUCAUAUGUCCAGAGAAUGUCCAAAAGGUGGCGGUGGCGACCGGUCGUGUUUCAAGUGUGGGGAGACAGGUCAUAUGUCAAGAGAAUGCCCAAGUGCUGGCUCUGGUGGUGGUGGUGGUGACCGAUCAUGUUAUAAAUGUGGAGAGGCUGGCCACAUUUCAAGAGAUUGCCCAAGUGCUGGCUCCGGUGGUGGUGGUGGUGACCGAUCAUGUUAUAAAUGUGGAGAGGCUGGCCACAUUUCAAGAGAUUGCCCAAGUGCUGGCUCCGGUGGUGGUGGUGGUGACCGAUCAUGUUAUAAAUGUGGAGAGGCUGGCCACAUUUCAAGAGAUUGCCCAAGUGCUGGCUCUGGUGGUGGUGGUGGUGGUGGCAGCGGCUGUCGUAAAUGUGGAGAAGAUGGUCACUUUGCGAGGGAGUGUCCCCAAGCUCGUAAAACCAAAACCAAGAGUUUUAAAUUCAGUCGUCAAUCCUCUUCAUCGGAAGGCGGAGGUGCUGGUGCCAGCAAAGGUUGCUUCAAUUGUGGCAGUGAGGACCAUCAGAAGAAAGACUGUACUGAGCCCCCUAAGCCUCGUGUGGGUGAAGAUGGCAAACCAUUGCCUGAACUCUACAUCCCACCUGCCCCAACUGAUGAUGAAGGCGAGAUGUUCAAGGGAGUAAGCGAGGGUAUCAACUUUGCCAAGUACGAUGAUAUUCCCGUAGAAGUCACUGGACGCGAUAAACCUGGUCAUAUUGAGAAGUUUGAGGACUCUGGUAUCUACGAAACUUGCAUGAACAACAUUCGCAAAGCCAACUACCACAAGCCUACCCCGAUCCAAAAGUAUGCCAUUCCAAUUAUUCUGAAAGGUCGUGAUGUGAUGGCGUGUGCCCAAACUGGCUCUGGAAAGACGGCUGCUUUCCUCCUGCCAAUCAUCACCGGAAUGGUCCGUGAUGGCUGCAGUGCGUCCCAGUUCGACACCAUUUCUGGUACAAAGACGCAGACCCCAGAAUGUGUAGUGAUCGCACCAACGAGGGAAUUGGUCGUGCAGAUUUACAAAGAGGCCCGAAAAUUCUCUCACAAUUCUGUGAUUCGUCCUGUUGUCGUGUAUGGUGGUACUUCAGUCGGUCACCAGAUAAGACAAGUUGAAGGUGGAACCAACAUUUUAGUAGCUACACCAGGCAGACUUAAGGACUUUGUGACUCGGGGUGUAAUAAGCUUCUCAAAAUGCAAGUACUUAGUUCUUGAUGAAGCUGACAGGAUGUUGGACAUGGGCUUCGGGCCUGCUGUACGGAAACUAGUGGAGGAAACAGACAUGCCAGGAAAGACGGGAAGGAACACGUUGAUGUUUUCUGCUACAUUCCCCGAAGAGAUCCAGCGCUUGGCUGCAGAUUUCUUGAACGACUACUUGUUCGUGACGGUUGGACGUGUUGGAGGUGCCAACACCGAUGUCUCCCAGAGUAUUGUUCAGGUCGAUACAUAUGAUAAGAGGGAGAAGCUGUGUGAGAUUAUAAGUGAAACGGGUACCGACAGAACAUUGGUGUUCGUGGAGACAAAGAGAAAUGCUGAUUUCUUAGCUUCCUACCUUUCCCAGUCAGGAUUUCCUACGACCAGUGUUCACGGUGAUCGUCAGCAAAGAGAGCGAGAAGACGCCUUGAAUGACUUCCGCACCGGCAAGGCACCAAUUCUGGUCGCGACAUCAGUGUGUGCCCGAGGUUUGGACAUCCCAGACGUGAAGCAUGUCAUUAAUUACGACUUGCCGUCUGAGAUUGAAGACUAUGUUCAUCGAAUUGGUCGCACAGGACGUUGUGGCAACAUCGGCAAGGCUACCAGUUUCUUCACGGGUGAUGCCGAUGGCAAAGUGGCAAGGCAGUUGGUCAAGAUCCUUUCUGACGCCCAACAAGAGGUGCCAGCAUGGUUGGAAACUGCUGCAGAAGGAGAAGUUGGAACAUCGGGAUUCACUGGCAUGGGUGGAGCCUUUGGGGGCAAAGAUGUCAGGAAAGGAAGGGGCGGCGGCGGUGGUGGUGGUGGUGGUGGUGGUGGCAAUGACGACUGGGGCAAUGCUGGAAUGAGGGGUGGCGGCAAUGUCGGAUUUAGUGCAGGAGGCGGUGGAUUCGGAGGUGGCGCCACCAACGACGAUGAAGAAUGGGACUAGGACAUCCAAGCAGAAUGGUCAAGAUCAUUAUUGGACUCUAUUUCAUUUGUUGUCACUUUUCUCUGGAGCUGCUAUGGAAGCAAUUCGUAAUGAUUGUGUGUUGUAUGUGGAAUGACUUAUGGCUUUUGCUUAUAGACAUAAUAAAGUUUUCUAUGGAGGCAGAGACCUUAUAGGGCCGUAAAUGCCUGAAACGAUAAUGAAGAUAAUAAUAACACAAAAGUAAGGACGUCGGAUUGAGUGAAAAACAUUGGAGUCAAACAUGGAGUCCAGCCAGACUUAAGUGUUCAGGAAGACAUGCCUAUAAUAUUAAGCCUGGUCAGAUUUGGCUUUGAUUCAUUGGCAGAAGAAAGAAAUCUUAUUUGUGAGGUGUUCUAAUUUCAUCAACUGGUUCUGAUUGUUUGUUGGAAGCCAUUGUGGUGAAUAUCUCUGUGAUAAUUUGCAAGUUGAGAAACGGAGCUCCGCAAAUGCGAAGUUCCUGGCUGUCCUCUGUCAGACUGACUAGCAUGUGUGAAGUUAGAACACCCUGGUUCCCUUUGCAUUGUUGACUCGAGCAAGGUUAGAGAGAGAGAAGCAGGGACAUCAUUUUGGCAGCCAAAAUCUCCCGAGUUGUGGCACUCGUUCAUUUUCAUUUACUGAUAUUUUGUUCUGUGCCAACAACAAUGAUUUUGACAUCCAAAAUGGUGGCGACCCAAAUGAUAACGUCCCCUGCAACUCUUUACAGCUGCCACUUUCUACUUCAGAAAUCAAUGGAGUCUUGGUUCAGAAGAAGCAGGGUUAUUUCCUAGGGACAAAGUAACCCUGAACAGAUGUAGGUAUUUCUAAAGUCAACCAGCUUGUGACCUGAGUGGUGUUGCCAAAGGGGCUUGUGGGGAAAUGUAUCACAGUACAAUGGUUUAUGGCAGUACCACGUGAACCAAUGACCAUAACAACGGUUGUCACUAGGGUUUCUGUGCAGCAAGAUGUUUCCAAAUGACCUUUCACGAUAUGAAGUUAGUAGGGCAGCGCAAUCUGAUUUGAAAGGAUGCAGUAUGGGCACCAAGGCCAGGUCAGGUCUGUGGUUGUGAAGUGAGCUUGUUCUUUGAACAAUUUGAACUCUGGUGAUCGAAAGGGUUUCUAACUUCUGUUUGUGGACCAGAGAAAAUUGAAUAAAACUCGGAAAGAGAAAAUUCUAAGAAGUACCCAGAUCCUAAUUGAAAUGGUUUCAUUGCAAAGGCCCUAGUGGACUUGAAAAAGAAUCCAUGUGAUGGGGUUUGGGUGGUCUUCUUAGAUAUUUUCUAUUUUAGCAAUUUUAUUGGUAAUAUGCAAAUUCUGCUGCCACUUGACUGUCUGUGAUAUGCUGAUCCCCCAAAGCCCAUCACAUGGGUAGAUUCAACUGAACUAAUACAGCAUUAUCCUGAGUGGCAUUGAUCCACCCAAGGAAAAAUGGUUUGAGUCAAGUCGACUGUAUGGCUGUGAGCACAUUGGGUGGUUAUCCGUGUAAGAAGAAAUGAGCUACUUUUGUCCCUUGAGUGAACAGGCUUGUUGUUUGGCGUUACUGAAGUAUAAAGUGGUAGGCAUUGGCAAAUGGUAUCAAAGUUCAGUUCAGAAAUGUAAUGCAAGUUCGAGCUGUAAAAGGUGGAAAUGAGAAGACAGUGGUUGGUGGACAUGAUAUUGUGAGAGUGUUGGCAGGCAUAAAAGAUCUCACAAUUUAAAAGUGAGUCUGCCUUCGAUUGUUGGCGAAUUAUCAUGCAUGACUGAUGUGGGUGAAACCGAACAGUCAAUGUGAAUGACUCCCUACGAUCUGAGGCUUUCCUAUUUGCUGCUGAUGGAGAUCCUAAUCUCAUGAUCGCUGAUUUUAUCAAUUCAAAGUCUCAAACAUGCAUUUAAAAGCAGCUACCGGUUUCCCAAAGGUACUAAUGGUGCAGUGGUUGAAACGGUGGCACAUAAGUGUUUUAUCAUCUGAAGAAACUGUGACAACAAAUGGGGUGCUAGCACAUGAUGUCUUCCAACAUGUGUAACCGAUAAACUCGCGUGUUAGGAGUAUUCUGUCGCACAGGCCAAAACACCACUUGUGUUCUUACUAUUAAAGCAUUUAUUUUUAUACAAACUAUACACAAUAAAACACCAGCUGCUACUUAGUGAGGUGGUAACAUUCUGUAUUUUCUAGUGAAAUUUUUACACUCGUUUUGUAGGGUAAAAGAACCAAUUUGAGAUUGUCUUCAGACAUUUCAUUGUUUAUUCACUCCUUGACUUGCAUUUCGAGCUGUCUCUGUGCCAUGCUUGCCAAACAAUGGUGUUGUCCUCGCCAUUCAAAUUUGCUGUCUUUCCUUUACCUCUUCAAUCGCCCCAGCACCCUCAUGACAAUAAGCCGCCUUGCUUCGGCCCAGGGCUGAUGUUUAGGGGGUGGUGGGUGUGCACUCUGCUGCCCUAUUUAUGUGGGCCUGAUCUAUGUUACGUACAGUGAAGAAUUCCUUUUCAAAUAUCAAAUAUUAUGCAGCUUCUUGUGAGCUUUAAAGAAUGGCUAGGACACUCCUGGAUAUAUGCAAGGGACCAAUUUUUGUGUGACAUCAGAUUGGUUGGCCUUGCCAGAUUUCAGUCGUGUUUCCCUGUUCAGUGACUUGUUUGCAAACUGUGUGCUGAAACGUUCUUUGCUGAAUUUCCAGGUGUGUUAUUUCAUUGUAUGAUUUUAUGUAUUUCCUGUGUAUUUCUUGUGUAUUGUACUUCUGACCUUUGUGCUUGGUAUUUUGUUCAUGUUUGUGUUGUGGAGGGAGAGUUUGGUGUCCUGGUUACAUAAUGACGACAACCAUACGAUCAAUGUCAACCGUUCCAAUCCAAUAAGACUGGUCACAAAACAAAGAUGACAUUUGUGCAAAACACCUGCAUAUUGUACUGCAAAUGCCAUAGUAUUCAAGGAGUAGAUAUUCAACCCUGACAUCUGGUGUUGUCAAUUUGAAGUUAGAGUAAUGAUCAUAAAAUUCUGGUAAUUUUUUACAUCAGCACUUGGUGAUCUCCGCAAACAGCAAAAAUAUUGAACCAAGGGUGAACACUUGGCCUAGUCCCGAUGGCGACACGUGCCAAAUCCUUAUAGUUUGAUAAGUCAUUAUGCAUCCGAUGACCAAGCUUUCCCCCUCGAAAAACUUCAGAGACUGUUGGUUUUGGGAAGUAUGGCACUAAUUGUUAUUUUGUCUGAAUAUGUACAUUUUAUGCAAUAAUCAAUUCGAAACAGUCCUGGUUGGAGCAAUUUGAUAUGACCUUCUGCCAGAAUUGACACUGAGGGCACUCAAGCGGCUAGCUUGGGUUGACACAAUGUAUUUGUCUAAUGAGGUGGUUGAUUCGUGAUCGCUAAAAUUGACCUUACAUUUGCUCAAAAACAACCAGGGACUGCAUGUCUUCUUAUGAUGCUAUUGUUCUUGUAACAGCUUUGGUAGUCGCCACAUUACAUUCACUAAGUCACUAGUUUAGAUAGAUGAGUUGAGUUUAGGUCAUUCGUUGAAACUUCCAAAUUCUCAUCAGGCCAAGAAAUCUCAAUGGUCUGGUUUACGUAGAUACACAAGCAUCAUGGAAGAUGCAAAAGCCCAAGAAUUUGCCUUUUAUGGACAGUGGAUGACUCUUUUUCUAUUAGGAAUACCAGCAUGAUUUACUCAAUAAUAAGCACCUUUACCUUUACUGAGUGCUCCAUUCAGUUUCUGUGAUCAGUGAAUUCUGUUCUUUUAGCUUGGAAGUAAGAAGUGAAAAAUCUUCUCAUAGCAUUCCUCUAGUCCAUAAAGGAUUGAUUUUAAUUGCUGGCUCAGAUCUAACUUUAGUCACCUUGGGACUUGCUUGUUUUAUUGUUGAUCUUUCAAAUUUGUCAUUAAAAUUACAAUAAAAAAAUCUAUUGUGUAUUAAA